AUGUCUCAUGGUUUUUCCAAUGCUCAAGUUUUGCCCGGUGAACUCAUGGUGGAAAUCUUAUCACGUCUUCCAGUGAAAGAACUCAUGCGAUUUAGGUGCAUUUCCAAGUCCUUGAACUCCCUAGUCUUUGAUCCUACUAUGGUCAAACUUCACCUCCAAAGAUCUUCCAAAGACACCCCUAUUCUCUUCACGCAAUCCAAUUGCACACUAGACCAACCAUUUCUACUCCGUUGCACCUCUAUCAAGUCUUUACUCACAGAUCCAUCCUCCACCCUCAAUGACACUAAUGAUAGCAUCCCUUUUCAACGAAAAUAUGGUGGUAUAAUUGGUGUUUGCAAUGGCCUAGUCUGCAUACAAUGCGUGAAUCAAGCAUGCAAAAAGGUAUGGGUUCAAUUCUGGAACCCAGCUACUAGAUUGAGAUCUAGAAACUCACCUUCUAUGAAGGUAGUUGUUGGUGACAUGAAAAUAGGUUUUGGCUAUGAUGAGUCCAAUGAUACAUACAAGGUGGUGGCAGUGUUGUGGCCACCAUCAAAUGGGGACCACAAACAACAAAAGAUAGAGUUGAGAGUUCACAAUUUAGGGGACAAUUGUUGGAGAAAGAUUGCUAUUGGGGAUGAUUUUCCAACGUGUGUAGUUCAACACAAGGGAGAAUUUCUCAAUGGUACUAUUAACUGGGCAGCGCAACUUGCAUCUAAAGAGUAUGUUGUCUUCUCCUUUGACAUCAAGAAUGAGACAUACCAAUGUUUCUCCUUGCCCGUUGAUGAAUGGUUUGGUCUUCGACCAAUGCUCAGAGUUUUUGGGGGUUGCCUUUGCCUUUCUCACCUUUACAAUGGAAAACAUUAUGGUUUAUGGCAAAUGAAGGAGUUUGGUAAUCCCAAGUCUUGGACUUUGUUGAUGACUGUUGGUUAUGACCAUCUUCUUUCUCGUUAUAGUAAUUUUCCGCAUCCAUUGUGCAUCUCUAACAACAACGAUGUCUUGUUACUUAUUAAUAAUAAAAUUCACCAACUUAUUCGGUAUGAUCGGAGGGAUGAUGAAGUGGAGCAAUUUGAUAUUUCCCACAAACGUAUUAUUUUGAACUCCACCAAUUAUGUUCAGAGCUUGGUUCUACCUUAUCGCAAUUGA